GCUAAUUGGAGAAUGCUAGACGUAGAUCGACCAGCGCAGCAGGAAAAGAAAGCCUUACAGAAUCAGCAAGAGAAACUGGUGGAGUGCAAUGAGCCAAGGUAACCCAGACAGCGUACAAGAGCUGAGAUAUAGAGGUGCAGCAAUGGAGUCUUCAGUGGGUACCUCAGUGACAAGCUCUGUAACCUCUGGAGAAACUGACCCCCAGUGGAGUGUCAUGAGCUCGUUUGCAGAGGUCAACUCUCCGCACCGACCUCGUGCCGUCCAGAUCGUCAAGGCAAAGGACGACCACACCUUUGAUCUUGAUCGUGAAGCACUUAGUGAGGUAUUGCUGUCUGAUGAUGUGCGAGACAAGAAAGUGGUUGUCUUGUCAGUGGCUGGCGCUUUCAGGAAAGGAAAAUCAUUCUUGCUUGACUAUCUGCUACGAUUUCUGACAAAUGGAGGUCUGGAGGGGUCGAGUGAUUGGAUGGGAGGAGAGGACGAUCCAUUGACGGGGUUCUCCUGGAGGGGGGGUAGUGAGAGAGAGACCACCGGCAUCCUCAUGUGGAGCAAGCCGUUUAUGGCCACACUGCCAGAGAGUGGGGAGGAGGUGGCCAUUCUGAUAUUGGACACUCAGGGAGCGUUUGACAAUCAGUCCACAGUCAAAGACAGUGCCACCAUCUUCGCCCUCAGUACCAUGAUCUCUUCCACUCAGGUGUAUAAUUUGUCCAUGCAAAUACAAGAGAAUGAUCUUCAACAUCUUCAUCUAUUCACUGAGUAUGGUCGACUAGCCAUGGAGCAAGGAGAUGAUAUUCCCACUCCAUUUCAGUCGCUGUGUUUCCUGGUGCGUGACUGGUACCACCCACAUGACCACCCCUAUGGUAUGGACGGGGGAGAUGGCUACUUGGAGAGAGUCUUACGAGUGACAGACCACCAGCAUGAGGAGUUAAAGUUGGUACGAGAACACAUCCGGUCCUGUUUUGAGAGUGUUGCUUGCUUCCUCAUGCCCCACCCCGGACUCAAGGUGGCCACUAGUCUGGACUCUGAUGGACGACUAGGCGAUAUUGAUGCAAGCUUCAAGAGUUACCUAACCCAGUUGGCCCCCAUCCUGCUCAGCAAAGAGAAGCUAAGGGUCAAGAAGAUCAUGGGCACCCCUCUCACUGGCAAGGGGCUCCUGGAGUGCUUCAAGAUCUACAUGGAGAUUUACCAGAGUGAGACUCUACCAGAGCCCAAGUCCAUGCUCAAGGCAACAGCUGAGGCCAACAAUCUCACGGCACAAGUAGCUGCUCUCGACAAGUACAACAAGGACAUGGAACAAAUAUGUGGAGCUGACACUCCUUACCUGUCCCCCGAUACCCUGGAGAAAAAGCACAAGGAACACAUGGCAGCUGCUCUUCUGGAGUUCAAGUCUACUCGUAAAAUGGGUGGCUCUGUCUUUUGCAAAAAGUACGAAGAUGAACUUGUCAAGAAAAUGGAUGCAGCAUACGAAUCUUUUGUGAAGAGAAACGAGAGCAAGCAUAUUUUGAAUGCGUAUCGUACCCCUGCUGUUCUGGGUCUCAUAAUGGUGUUGUCUUAUUUGGUGUCGAGCAUUCUGGACAUGAUUGGAAUAGACUCUUUGUCAGAUACAGCCAUUUUUGGUCUCUACAUUCCCCUCCUGUUGGUGGGGGUGUGGCUUUAUGUGCGAUACAGCGGGAACUUCCGAGAGGUGGGAGCAAUGAUUGAUAACAUCACGGCCACUGUCUGGGAGAAUGUUAUACAGCCAUUGUAUGCCAAGCUGGCUCAGAGGGCUCUCCAACAAGCAGUUACCUUGGCUACUGACAAGAAAACAAAGUAACCAACUGAGGAUAGUAUACGUAGAUAAUAAAGUAACUUUAUAAUUAUGAUGUUUGUGUGCGCUGAGCCACUUGUAUUAAUAUUAUUAUUAUUAUUAUUAUUAUUAUCAGCCCUUGUGUUUUUUGUGACAGUCAAAAUGUCUUGAAAUAAAAACUUUUUUCAAUAUAAA